GAACAGGGAAAUGAAGUUGUCAGACAGGCCAGCCCAGCAACUCUGUCUCUACAAGUAGGCAGCUAGCAACUUCGGAGAGACUCACACGAAAUAUCACAGAUAUGAAUGUCGUCCGUUUGAGCAACUUGUAGCCACAGUUGGUGCGACUUUACCCACUAUAUUAAAAAAAAGUCUGUAUCGUCGCCUGUAGCUAACUGAAGAAAGUGGAGACAACUUGCGAGCCUGCUAGCUAACCUUUAGCCACCGAGCGUCUUUCGGCUUCAAAACUAGACUUCAUUCGAGCUCUGGGUUUGGAUCACCUGUCUUCAGUCAUGCCGUUUCCUUUUGGGAAGUCUCAGAAGAGUCCUGCUGAAAUAGUGAGGAGUCUGAAGGAGAAUGUGGCGUACAUGGAGAAGCUCGAUGCUGCAGACAGCAAAAAGUGUGAGAAGGUUGCGGAGGAGGCGUCCAAAAAUCUUGCUUCGCUGAAGGAGGUACUUUGUGGAACAGGUGACAAGGAGCCUCAAACUGAAGCAGUGGCUCAGCUUGCACAGGAGCUGUACAACACCAACCUGCUCAUUGCUCUCAUUGCAAACCUGCAGAAGAUUGAUUUUGAGGGGAAGAAGGAUGUGGUCCAUUUGUUCAGCAAUAUUGUGAGACGUCAGAUUGGAACUCGCACACCCACCGUAGAAUACAUCUCUACACACCCACAGAUUCUCUUCAUGCUUCUGAAAGGAUAUGAGAGCGCUGAAGUGGCUCUUAACUGUGGCAUGAUGCUGAGAGAGUGCCUGCGUCACGAGCCUUUGGCAAGGACAGUGCUCUUCUCUGAAGAGUUCUACUGCUUCUUCCGUUACGUGGAGCUCUCAACCUUUGACAUUGCCUCAGACGCUUUCGCCUCAUUCAAGGAUCUUCUCACAAGACACAAGAUCAUGUGUGCAGAUUUCCUGGAGAACAAUUAUGACAGGGUGUUCACAGAGUACGAAAAACUCCUGCAUUCUGACAACUACGUCACCAAACGGCAGUCUUUAAAGCUCCUUGGGGAACUCCUCCUGGAUCGACACAACUUCACUGUCAUGACGAAGUACAUCAGUCGGGCAGAGAAUUUGAAACUGAUGAUGAACUUGCUGAGAGAUAACAGCCGAAACAUCCAGUUCGAAGCAUUCCACGUCUUCAAGGUAUUUGUUGCAAACCCCAACAAGACUCAGCCCGUGCUGGACAUCCUGCUGAAGAACCAGACCAAGCUCGUGGAGUUCCUGAGCCACUUCCAGACGGACAGAUCCGAGGACGAGCAGUUUUGCGACGAGAAAAACUAUCUGAUAAAGCAGAUCCGGGACCUGAAGAGACCCACGGCACCCGAGGAAGCUUAACGCUUGCAGGGGACGGCCGCGCUGUCAGGUGGUAGAUGUUAGAGGUGGUGGUUGGAUCUGCAGAGGGCUGAGUGAAAGUCUGACAAACAUGCUUCAUUAAAAUCUAAUAAUACGUACAAAGUAUAGGAAAAAAAAAAACAAAAAAAAAAAAUGUUACUACUUCCUUCACUUUCUGGUUUAGUGUGGAUGUGGAGGUGAUUUCCAUCCAGCAACCUGAGUGGGCCAAGAACUGUUAUUUAAACCACAGUGCUUCUUCUUUAGCGAUAAUGAAAUGCCUUUAGUCCGUUUUUGUAACGUUGGACCUUAAACUGUUACCCUUCCACAUGCAUCGUUGCUGGCAGAGACCGUAGACUGACAGAAAUUUCACACCAUUCACAGCUAACUCGGGCUCUGUGGUGUUUUUUGAAAGUCCUUUUCCAGAACUUGUCUAUAUUUUAGCGAUUGAAAUGCUGAGAAGUAAAUAUAUUAUUUUUCUAAUGUAUCUGCUGGUAAACCGUUUGAAGCGGACAGUAACUCUUCUCUCUGAACACUUCCUUCAGCGACAUGCUUAGGUUUGGUUUAUCGUAAGCUGUUUUUUUUUCUAAAGGGACUCAGCUUUAGAUAUACGGCUUCGGCAGAGUGACAUUUUGAUCACGUUGGCGAGGUCAGCACGCAGUAGUAAUAUUUGGUGAUUAAUGUGCCGUUAUUCGGCCUUUGGCUGCAUGUGUGAGGUUACAGAGGGCAGGAACAACCCUGCAGUGCUGUACUUGCCAAUGCAUUAGCCGUCAACGGAAGAGAAAAUCAAAACCAUAGAGGAAUCAAUUAAUUGCGCUGUGAUUUUUUUUUUUUCGGCUGUGCUCUGCGCUGCUUACAAGACUGAAAUAGUAACAGAGCAUCAGAUAAUGCUGCAGGGUACCAGCAGUCCGUUCGUGGCAAACAUGGACAGCCAGGAUGUACCAAUUGAUCUCACUGGGAGCACUCCAUUUCAUCUUCACAUACUGAGCACAGAGAGCAGAGAUUUAACGAAACAUAAGCACAGUGUAGCACGAGAAGCAAUACCGCUGUAGCUCUGAGGAUGCGUCUCGAGAAUGUUGCGCCGUGUUAUUUGUUAUAUUCGUAUCAGACAUGUUGAAGAGAUUUCUGACUUUCACCAGGGAUCGUUGUUUUGUUGAAUAACUUUCCCGAUCUCUUCUUCUUUCCCGACGUAUUAAACAUCUGCUGCGCUGGACUUCGGGAGUAAAUCGACCGCAAUAUUUUUUGCUGAAACAAAAUCACUGGGGUUGUAGUCAACCGAAGAAAAUGACAGAAGUCUUAUCUACUCUUCAACCAAUCGAUUGAUUGUGGGGGGAAAAAAAAUCUGUACAUUAACUAAAUUGGCUGCAGUGCUCUGAGUUCACUCCACCUGCAGGAUUAUUAGUCCUAAUGAAUUAUAAAUAAAGAUAAAAAAGCUUGGAUUUGCAGCAUAUUGGAUCAUUUAAACUCAUUACGUUCUACUGAGAUAACAGACCAGCAUGCUCCUGCACGUGUUCAUAUGAUUUCUGAAAAUAGAUUUUUCUCAACUUGUGAUCCGGCACAAGAGCUGCAGAGGAAUAAAACGCAGACUAGCUAGCUGCUGUUUUUAGAGGAUCUGUUGGUUGCUGAGCUGUGAUAUACAAACUGCUGUCUGCUCAGUUUACACUCUUUGAGACCAACUGUUUGAACACAAUGCAGCUAACAGCUUCUUUGACAUGUGGUCAGUUGCUUUUAAAGCCCAAUAAAAUAGGUUUGACCUGGCAGUCACCAAUAGGUUGGGCGAGUUCAAAGUUGGCAAAAUGCAAUCUGUUCCUCCUAAACAAUGGAUUAAUCCCGGAAGGCUGUUGAUAUGCCGCCUUUCUUGUUAUAAAAGUAACACCAGAGAUUAACCAACCGAUGAGUGUUUGGACACAACAGUCCUAAAAAUCACUCAUAUCGACUUAAUCUCAUGUAAACAACAACUCCCAACACAAAAGCAGGUGUUAAAUACAAUAACUUCAACACUUUUGUCUCUUUUCUGAUAUGAUAAUAACAUUUUGAUAGAAUACGCUGCAACGUGCCCGCGACGCAUCCCAAAGCAGCUUCAAUGAGAUGUCACCGGACUUGUCAGAAUAACCACAUGCACUGUUUCAACACGAAUCCGUUUGUUCUGGAUGACGAGCACUGAAUUUGUUCCUCACACGCGUUACUGAUCAGCAAUAUUUCUUUCAGAGGACUCUUGCCUUACUUCUGCCACGCAGUCACUAAAAAUGGCUGAAAUUAGGGACUUCAAGAUGUGUUGUCUGUGCACAGUCUUUUAGUAUAUACCUCAUGGGAUUUGAGUUUGCAGAUGCUGUGUUCUCUUUCUUUCUUUUCUUUUCUUUCUUUCCUCGAUAUUUUAUUUGACAUUUUUAAAACACGCAACAGUGGUUUGUAUGCACGCCUGAAUUACGAUAUACAGUGUAUGUUCACACUUGAACAGGGACUGCAGCCUGGUUUUCUCAAAGGAAAGCUAGAUUUUUAAACUGAACUCUUUUCAUUGGGUGGCGCCACACCAACGUUAAUUCAUAAUGAAUUGCAGUGUGGUACCUUGUAAUGAAUGUUGCCUUAUUUAAAGACCUUUAAUGGAUCGUAAUGAUCGUGUAAAAUUCCAGACCUCUUAAUUUGUUUUUAAACCAAAGUCGAUAUAAAAAGGGCAAAAAAAAAUGUACAUUUCAAGUCCCAAAUGCAUAACUAGUUAAUUUCUCAGGUUCACGUGUAAAGUAAGUUUUAUUGUUUUGUUUUUUUUGCCGACUGCGUUACGCUCCAAACAUGAUCCUGCGAGUGUAAAUAUAUUUUAAUCGAGAUCAGUAAACAUCACUCGGAGUACUUUUUCAGUUCUGGUUAACUUGCUUUUUCUGUUUUUCUGUUUUUUAUUUCUUUUUAAAUCACUGAUUGCUGUCUGGUUAAACUGCACCAGAUAGUCGGUAUCAGGCCUUUCAGGGGCCAUGAAAUAAUUUGAGAACUUAGCUGUGAAUGUGGUACAUUAUGCAUAAAAAAAAAAAGACUGAAGUCCUGCACACAGUACGCUGUCAUGUCAUCAGCUUAUGAAAGAAAGUUAAAAACCGUGUUUGAAACUACCCCAAACGUUCAGAUCCUUUGUGAAACGAUUCUGAAGUCAUUUGAUUUAAACACACAGCAGGAAGUGAGAACUAACGAGCUCAAACAAACUCACCAUUCGCUGACAAAACAGUCGAUCCUCAGUAAUAUUAUCCCAGAUUAUUUGACUUCGGUGUAACAGAAGAAUUAAAAAAAAAAAAGUUGGUGGUUUUUUUCCAGAUUGGCUGUGUGAAUGUGUUCCAGCUUUCUUGAAAUUUGAGUCCAGUCAUGACAUGCACUUUGGGAAGGACGUGUUGUUCUCAGCCCCGCCACCAGAGGGAGCUGCUGGCAACAGUUGGCACCUUGUAUUAGUUGUACAAACAAAGCAUUUCAUGUUUCCAUAACCCUACCUCCAGUUAUAUGAAUCACUGGCGAAGCUAUAUAGACGUCAACUCCUUCAGAUCAGUGCUAUAUAUUUCAUGAUUUAGAGUUUUCUGUUUUUUUUUUUUUUUUGUGCUUGACUUUUUCUUUAUUUUUUUUUUUUUUACUCUGUUGCCUUCUUUUUCCCCUUUUCUCUUUCCCACACUGGAUAUUUUAUUUACCAUGGGAGCGAAAUAUGUGUACAUAACUUUAUAAAGGAUAAGUGAUGUGUGAAAGCAUUCAUGAAAAUAAAACGUUACGGCAA